UUGGGAGCCGUUAACGAUUUAAUUCAUAUAUUUCUCUCAACACUCAAGCUGUUUUCUUUAUGGUAUGUAAAGUGUGCCCCAGCAUAUUGUUCGUGAAUUAGUACUGUAGAUACUAUUUACCCCAGCCACUCUCCAAUAUAUUUUUAAAUCAAGAGAACUAUGUGUUCAAAAGCAUUAAAAGAGAUAGUAUUCAUAUAUCAGAAACUGCAUAUGAAUGAAACAAUCAUAGUCUUAAAAGAAGUAAACUGAGGAGGGUGAAAGCUCCACACUAAAUAUUCCUACUUUGACUGUGCUCCCAUAUACCCUUGCUCAAGAUGCAUUCCCAGGGAGAACAGCAGCCCUUACUUCUGAGUUGGCAUGCACAAGAUUGUGCUGAUGGGGGUCAUAUAGUGCAUUGUGAGUGUUCAGAGUAUUUCUCACCCAUUAUUUCUUUGUUACACUUAUAUCCUGCCUUUUUUCUGUGAGGAACCAAAGGCAGUUUAUAUUAUCUUCUUCUGCCUGUCCAUCUUAUCUUCACAACAACCAUCAAUAACUUUGCAAAGUCACCCAGGGAAAGGUUCAUGGCUGAAUGAGGAUCAGAACCUGGAUCUCUCAAGUCCCCAGUCCAGCAAUAACCACUAUGCCACACUGAGGGUGUUUGCAGUCAAUGGGGCACAGCUAAGUUGGUGUUGCUGCUCUUUUUUGGAGAGCGCUUGCGCCUCUUGAGGCAGGCCAAAACCCUGUGCCCCCUGCAGGACAAAUGGGCAGGGGAGUGCCACCCACUGCCUUCAGCCAGCCCACAUGUUGGCCCAAAUAGGCCUGUGUCCUGGUGUGCAAAAAGCCCAAACUACACAACAGGGGAAGGUUUUCUUUUAAAAGAUUCAUUUUCGCAAACAAUUGGCUGCCAACAGAUCGUUCCAGAUGGUGCACCUGAGCAGUCCUCUGUUGGAUCUUUUAUACAUUGAUUACAGAUUCUCGGUAAAGACCCUGCUGGAAAAAUAUACAAUAGAUCCCAUUGAUGACUCAUCAGAGGAGUUUGUGAAUUUUGCUGCCAUCUUAGAGCACAUUCUUAGCCAUCGUUUCAAGGGUGAUCAUGGUCCUGUCAGUUGGUUCAGCUCUGAUGGACAACGUGGCUUCUGGGAUUACAUCCGCUUGGCCUGCAGCAAAGUCCCAAAUAACUGUGUCAGUAGCAUUGAAAACAUGGAAAACAUCAGCACCUCCAGAGCCAAGGGCCGGGCAUGGAUCCGCGUGGCACUGAUGGAAAAGCGCAUGUCCGAGUAUAUUGCCACAGCUCUGCAGGACACCAGAACUACCAGGAGAUUUUAUGACGAUGGGGCAAUCAUGCUGAGAGAGGAAUCAACAGUCCUCACUGGGAUGCUGAUUGGACUCAGUGCCAUUGACUUCAGUUUCUGCCUGAAAGGGGAAAUCAUGGACGGCAAGACUCCUGUGGUUAUCGACUAUACUCCAUAUCUGAAGUUCACACAGAGCUAUGAUUACCUAAGCGAUGAGGAGGACCGCCGAAGCUUGGAGAGCAGCACAAGUGAGGACAGUUCCCCAGAUCACCCCUACCUCCCACUAGUGACAGCUGAAGACAGCUGGUAUAAUAAAUGGCGCAAGAUGGAGCAGAAGUUUCGCAUUGUCUAUGCACAAAAGGGCUACCUGGAGGAAUUAGUGCGGUUGAGAGAGUCACAACUAAAGGACCUGGAGGCCGAGAACAAACGUUUGCAGCUGAGACUGGAGGAGGUGAAGGUGCAGAAUCAGUUAGAGAAACGGGAGCUGGAGGGAGUCAUCCUGGAACUGCAGGAACAGCUACUUCCCUCCUCCCGCUCUGCCCCCAGGACGGGCCUCAUCCCUUCAGACAACAGCCAGUUUACCCGGCUCUCCAAGGAAGUGGCUGCACCUUUGGUGAACCAGUGGCCAUCUUUGGGGACUCUGAAUGGUAAUGAAAGUUGCUCGGAAGCCAAAAUGUACAGAAGGCACAGUUUCAUGAGCACAGAUCAGCUGUCUGCAGAGAUCAGCCUGAGUUCAGAUUCUCAAAGGAUGGGUGAAGGGAAGCAUGAAGGAGAACCCUGGGGGCCACUGGGAAAGGACCCAACUCCAUCCAUGCUGGGCCUCUGUGGGUCUUUGGCCUCCUUGCCGAGCUGCAAGUCCUUAGCCAGUCUAAAAUCCAACGAGUGCCUGGUGAGCGACAGCGUUGAACCCAGUCCUGCUCAUAGCCCUAGCUGAGACAUUGGACAACUGCACCUGCAAAUGACGAGAUGCCUGUUGGGGAGCAGAGAUUUCUGGCAGCAAAAUGAAUUGGUUGCCUUGCUGUUUGACUUGGUUAUGCUGGGGGAGGGCAACCGAACCUUUUAUUCAGUUUGACAUACAAGGGCAACAAACCCUCAUCUUCCUCUGAAAUCAGAUUCUCUACCUGGGAUAAGAGAAAACUCUCCUCUGGUCAGGAUUUUUUUAAAAGGCUGUAUGCUUGUUGGAAGCUGGAAGGAUUGCCUGCCAAAAGCGCUUUUGUAAAAUGAUGCUGUGUAUAAGUAAUAUAUAUAUAUAUUAUAUGGUUGAGACUGCUGAAAGACAGUCACCCCUGGGAAGGAGAACUUAGGAAAAUGUCCUCUGGACUGUAUUGGUGGGAGGAAGGAAAGACAGAACUGCACUGGUUGACAUUCAUUGCACAUUCAUGGUGAAAACUUGCACAAUGAACAGCGAGGCUGUCAGAGCACCUCUGUGUGCCCCUCCCUCUCCGAAAACAGAACGCUUUGCCGAAGUUGCCUGGGAAGGGCAUUUGAGAAGCAGCUGGGGAGAGAGUAGGCAUUAGUUUCCCAUCUUCUCUUCUCAGACACGUUAUGUAAAAUUGCAGCACUUCUGUUGGACAAACUUGCUACCUCCUUGCUAUGGGGAAAAGCCUAGUCUCCUCCAGACUUCUGGGGUUUUUUGAGGUUCAGGAAGCCCCUUGUCUUCCUCCACCAUCUACCAGACUCAGAAAGAAAUGGCUUCCUAUGCGUUUUUCCUGCAUGUUGCUUUUCCAAAUGAAAUUUCAGUUAUGGGAACAGCGAAGUGAACUGCCUGGGAAGCUGGAGGAUCAAUGAAAAUCACUGAUCUUUUGACAUGGGAAGUGAGGCACAAAUGAACUUUUUGCCUGCUACAAUUUUGACCUGAUAAAGCAGGCUCAAGAAUGCCCCAGUAUGUGAAGAGAUCUCCACUUUGCACAGCUGAAAAAACUCUUAUAGGCCAACAAUUAAAGCAGAUUAAGGAGCUGGCAAGCAAAGUCUGUGGCAGUCUUUUCUGACACGCAUCAUUCUCCACACAAACAUGGUCAGGCUGUGUCAAGUUCUCCAGUCAGCAACUGUCUUCCUCUGCAGUCAGACGCACAUAUAGUAUGUCAUGCACCGUCAACACAAAAGGCAGUAACUCCAACAGAGUCUAAACUCCAGAAACUACAGCUGAAAUCCUUUGUCUAUUUCUGAAGAUAGGCUGGGAAAACAGCAUGUUGUAUCUACUACAAUUGUUCUUCACAUACAGAGUUGUGAUAUUCCCACAGGAGCAGUGGCACUCUCAGCCAGUAUUGCCUCCAGAUGGGCAAGAAUGGUAAGUUGCCCAGACCACUCAAUGAGCUGACAGUUACAAUGAGAUCUGAACCAGCGACUUUCUGGGUUAUUCAGCCCGAUAGGAUGCACGCUUAGAUCAGAAGUCAUUGGCAUUAAAUAGGGCAAACUCCCAAGCGUACAUGAUCCACAGUGAACAUGUGACAUCACAGAGCCAGUAUUACUCAUCCAUGACUGCCUUCUCUCUUACGUACAAAAGCCCCUUCCAGCUACAUUACAAAUUUCAACAGACAUUUUGGAAAUUUUAAAAAAUGCUUUGAAUAUGACAGUGCAGGGAGCAUGUAAUCCAUAAUCCCCAUUUUGCACAAUUCCAUCUAUCCUUUCAUCUACUCUUUCCUUUCAGGUAUCCUCUUUUCCCCCCAUGUCCUCCAAACUCAUCUCAUUUUGUUGAGAAGGGCAACACUGCUGCUUUCCUCUUGCCCUGGCACCCCUUCCUUGUGAAUGGUUUCAUCUGUUGACUGGCAGCUUGUUUUGAAACAUUCAGCAAUUUUUAAAAGCUCACAAUAUUUAAAUAUCUAAGGCAAGGAGGCUAGGAAGGACAUGUUUCAAUGUUCUGGAGCCACAGCAAUUAGAGCCAGAUUUUACAGACAUUUCCCAAACAGUCUGAAUUUGCUGGGGGUGGAUGGGACAAAGGCAUGUGGAGAAUUGCAUGUGUUAUAUACCCCGAGUGAAUAAAAUGUGGUUUAUUUCUGCUUUUCUAGAAAAUUACUUUGAGAAUAUUCACUUGGACAAAGAAAUGGAUGUUUAUAUUCAUGGGCAAAACCAAUGAAUAAGCCUCAUGCAUAGAGAGGUUACAAAACAGGAACAAACCACUGCCUUACUGAGGAGGUACAAGCAUUCCCUUAGCUGAGUUCCUCUGAGGAAUGUAACCACAUUAAUGAGAAGGAUAUCUAGAGAGCAUGUAGAAAAGGAAAUGUUGAAGGGAGAGAGAAAUGAAGUGCAGAUAAACCCACUCAUCAACUGACAGUCCUCUCUCAAUUUUCUCAGUAAUUUUGUUUUUUAAAUGGCUUUAUUUAAUAAAGGGUUCAGCUCUUCAUCCCACCUCAACAAUGUAAGCAACAGGCACAUAAGUUAAAAUCAAAGAAAAUGGCAAUGAGACUAGCAGUCGCUAGGAAAUGUCACAUAAGAUGUCAGGAAUCAAACUAAACCUUGGCCCAGAACAGCUUUCACUCUUCCUAGAAUGCAGACUACUUUGAAAAGGGUGGGAGGAUGUACAAUGCAAUUUUUGUGCCUUUGCUACUCAAUAUUUAAGGCAUGAAGACCCAAGUUCAAGUUGUCCAUGGGGAGCGCCACGGGAAGGGCUAGGUAAAUCCUGAGUGUUCAGAACAGUGUUUCGAUUCAGAGCCCGCACAAAAGUCCAGUGUGGGAUUGCAACAUAAGCCAACAAUAUCCAUCAUGCAUGGAAAUGUUCAUGUGGGGGGAUAAGCAGUCAUGCAGGCCAACAGACACUUUAAAAAUUAA